AGAAAAAGAAAAAAAAGCCUUUUUUUUUUCGUUUUGUAUUGUAUUUAUUCUCAGCGUAUGUGCUGUACAAUGCAUCUCCCUAUUUAUCCAAUGAAAUUCAUUCCAUAUUUGAUCAUGAUACUUACGCAAGUUGUUUGUAAAGGACCCUCCCUUCUUUCUCAAGAAACUGGCUUUUCUUUGGAUCUUUUUUUCUCUUUCCAAAUGACUUAUUGCCCUUUUUAUAGUUGUUAUCUAAUCCGUUCUUUAAAAGAAGGUCAAAAGAAUAAAGUAUAUGUAGGGUCAACACCUAACCCUGUAAGAAGACUAAGGCAACACAAUGGGGAAUUGACUCAAGGUGCCUAUCGAACAAAAAGAAAUAGACCAUGGGAGUUUGUCAUGAUUGUCUAUGGAUUUCCAAGUAAAAUACAUGCAUUGCAGUUUGAAUGGGCAUGGCAGAAACCAUUAAAGAGCCGACAUACAAAGAUAUCCACUCAUGAUACCCAGCAAUUAAAAGAGAUCAAAGAAAUGCUUCAAACUACACGCCAUCCAAAUUCAAUGAUGACCAAGAUGUGGGCAGCACAAUUGUUAUUGAACACAAAACCAUUUUCUGUUCUGCCCCUGAAGGUCCGAUUUGUCAUACCAAAUAUGCAGUCCUUAUUUCUUGAAAACAUACGUUUACCGGAUCAUAUUACGACUUCUGUUGGGUCUAUUCAAGAUUUAAUGCAGGAGACAAAAGAAUACGAAAAGACACAAUUAGACUUGUUCUCUAUGCAACCAUUGCAACAAAUACAAUGCUAUUUUUGUGAUGAACUUAUUCAGAUGAGUGAUGCCUUGAAUUAUGUUCAUUGCUCUUUAUGUAAUAAUAUGACAGCUCAUAUUCAAUGUCUAGCUAAAGAGUGGGUGAGUCCUUUAGAAUUGAUACCAGUCAAGGGUGAAUGUCCUAGUUGCUUCAUUGUUCUCUACUGGGGUGAUUUAAUCCGAGCCACUAAACUAAGGCAUACAUUCAAUUCAACGACUGAAAUGGUGGCCUUUGACGGUAUUGAAUCCAGCAGCAACAAUAGUAGUAGUAGUAGUAUGGAGGACACAGAUAGUUCAACAUCUACCAUUCUGAAUUUAACUUGAAAAAAGCCACAUAUACUAAAAUCCAAUAUGCUUGUGUUACAUUUUAUGUCGUCAUAAAAGGUUGCACUGAACUAUUGAUUCGGUUUGAACCAUUCUCGAACUCAAAUGAAAAGAAAGCCAGUAUAUAGAACAGUUAUUGGAUCUAUAUAAAACCCAGUGUUAUUUUGUG